CCAGGAGCCCGAUGGCUGCAGGGAAACAACUGCUCCUGCACCUCCCGUUCGACGGUCGUUACGAGAAGAGUACGAGACAGGUCAAACACAAGCAGGUGUUUGAAGGUCUGAAGGCAUUCCGAGGGGUGGACAACAAGAUUCGGCUAUUCCGACCCAUGAUGAACAUAGACCGGAUGCUGAAAUCAGCCAUUAGGGCUACUUUUCCUCUCUUAAAUGUCUUACUAAAGAGGCAGCGGGCUAGUGGAAAGAUAUUACUCAGAAAUAACUAG